UCAAUGUCACGGUACGGCCGGAACCCGGCAGGAGCGCUAGUCUCACCUCAGUGUCGGCUCGCAGCUCCACGUGGUUGCAUGGGCAAGUGCUAGUGUGCGCACGGUUGUUUGGUGAUCCACUCUUCGACAGCUAUGUGUGAUGGAGCACUAUUACCCCGCACCCUCGCGCGCGCAUCGACCGGACCCCUCCCCCAGGAAUAAUCACUACCACUCCAGCUCCCCCUACUAUGGGGUUCAGAAGCGAGAUAAGGGCGGAGGGCGACGGCACGUGGAAUAUCCCCGCUCGGGGAGCAGCGAGUCCUCAUGGACCCUGUGGCACGAGCAAGGGACCAUGGCCAAAAGCGACAGACUCUGCAACGCCCUUCUCGCAUUCACUGUUUCCAUCAUCAUUGUCAUGAUCAUUGCCAUCGCCGGUCUUGCAGUCUACAUGGGAGCACUGCGCAUCGACACCGGACAAUUGAAUCUCAUGUUUGAUGGAAGCAUAAGAAUAACAUAUGGCGAUACAUACAAUGAACAGCUAGCCAAUCAAUCAAGUCCUUUAUUUCGUGAAAAAGCUAGAAAGUUCAAGACAAUGCUCGAGACUGUUUACGGAAGGAGUAAUCUAGGACCCGCUUUGAAACAACUGAGCAUUAUUGGAUUUAAAAAUGGAAGUUUAAUUGUAUUUUUCAGAAUAGUCCUGGAUAGAAGGAAACUACCAAAAUCCGUUUCAACCAUCGAGGAUAAUUUGAAAAAAAUUUUAAUGGAUGAACUGACAAAUUUAAGGCCAAUAGCAAUGAAAAAUUUAAGAGUAGAUCUUAAGCAAAUUUAUGUAAAAAGAUACAUAGAGCCUUCAAAACUAUUCGACGAGGAGGAAGAAGUAGCGAUGAACCAUAAUCUAAAAUCUGGGCCCGACCUGAAGAGCGUCGUCAAUCGGAAACCCCCUCCUGACUUCUCGAACGAAAAAUCCCUGACCACCGAGAAAGCCAAGCCCUUGGGCGCCCCUAAAAAAACCCCACCAUCCAAAACCAUCACCGGUUCGUUCACCGUCCUAAAAACGGAGGAGGGAACCGGUGACAAAGUCAAGAUGACAAUCCUGCCCCCGGACGACAAACGUCGACCCACAUCCUCGGAACAUCCGCACUCCAGCGGCCGAACCACGAAACUCCCGGUCAAGGGGAAAGUCGAGUCCAUGCCCUCGUCUCAAACAAGCACAGCACGCACAACAACCACCACGACGCACCCUAAAACAUCCCCAACGCAUCCUACAACACCCCCAACGCACACAAUCGCCGGCGGAUACAAUAUCCAACACAGCCAAGCUCUGAAUGAUCUUCUGCGGCUGUCGAAGAACGACGUGCAGACGACUACAAGAGUGCCGGGACUGGAACUGGUCGACAACGCACCCUGGCGGCCGAUCUUGACACAAAAUGAGUCUCGAUAUUACACAUGGACUGCGCCCGUCAUCGAGACGGACGAGCAAGGGGUCGUCGGUGAGGCUGAGGUCAUCGUUGUCCCAUCAUUACCGGAGGAGCCGCAAGAUACCGCCACGCGCAACGGAAUCCAUUUCACGAAGCAGAGCUCGCUGGCCCUGAACGUUCUGGGCAGAGACGACGCUGCUCCACCACCUGAAUUACCCAAGGAACCCGUCGGCGUCCCUGAAAAUUCCAGGGGAAAAACCAAAGGUGCCAUCUACGGCGCGGGCGUAGAUCUAGGUUCGAUGGAGGGAUGGCCGGACUUGCCUAUCGAGGGACGCAACUCACCCCAUGCCAGCGGUGGAUUCCAAGGACUUGACCUUUUCUCACGAUCCUACGUCACCGAGAGCACUCCCCAUUCCGCUCAACCAACGAGGGGGGAACGAGAUCCUACGCACGAGGAAUCUCCCUCCCCCUCACCGGUCGUCACUCUACUUCCGGUCAGGUCCAACUCGGGAGUCGGCCGACCGCUGAAACCUCGACCGUGGCAGCUGAAACAGAAAUCCCCAGAAGUGAGAGCCGACCUGGAGGACAAACUCAAGCGCAACGCCAGUAGCAUGGAGAUCUUGUCCAGGACGAAAACUUAUUCCAGUCAGUUCAUCCAAGCUUUGGUAAACAACACUGAGCGGCAGUCGGUUCCAUUGUCGUCGUCAACGACAACCACAUCGACGACGACGGAAGCUCCGAAAGCGGAAGAGAGGAUGGACGAGGAGACGACACCGGAAACGGAAACAACGACUUCUCCGAAUCUAGUCAUCCUCAAUACGGAAGUGGUGACUUCGACGAGCAUCCGCAUCUCCUUCGGCGGGAACAGUUACAACCUGGUGCAGGAUCCGCAGGCUGAAACGACGGAGAACCCCGACACGGACAGGGCGCAAACGGAGACGUCCGUUGUGACGUCACGAGCGGAAACGGAGGAACCGGAAACGACCCCGGCGACGGAGGCGUACACGGCACCGGAAACGCGGGGCAAAAAGCGACGCGCACGAGCUUUGGUCAUCUCCAGCGAUUACCAGAACGACGACAAGGAAUACGUAUCGACGACGGAGAUGGACGACUCCCGGUCGCAGUUCGAGAAGCCGCUCUUCACGCCCUCUGUGAGCUUCAACCGGGAGCUGAAGAGGAGAUUGGACGGGAACCGGACCAGGGUUCAGGAGCCGAGUCGUCACAACGCGACGUCACAUCGAGUGAAGCCGCUAAGCCACAAUGAGCAUAAGAGACCAAGCAGUGAGGCGUUGCUCCAGAUCAUCAGCCAGCUGGCUUCUACGAAUUCCGACCGGAACCAAAGUUCGAAGCUUUCCAACAAGUCCGUCGCCCCGUCGUUCAACGUCAACCGGGGAGGCCUCCCACUUCUAAUCAAGGUGUUGAAUAAGAUCCCACCGUCUCUGCUCAGUUCCAAGUCACACACCAUUGUGUCAGUCAAAGAGCCGCCGUUUAAUAACUAUACAGGUUGUAAGAGUGAUGGUGAGUAUCGGUGCAAGAACGGGGAAUGUGUGGCUCAAUCUUUGCAUUGUAAUCAGUUGGUGGACUGCAGCGACGGAUCAGACGAAAAGAACUGUACAUGCGCCGACUACCUCCGUGGGCAACUCCUUAGCAGGAAAAUUUGCGACGGUGUCGUUGACUGUUGGGACUUCUCAGAUGAGACGAAUUGUGACUGGUGUUUGAGCGGUCAGCACGUGUGCGCCAACUCGCGGUUGUGCGUGAACCAAUCGCAGAUCUGCGACGGAAGGAAGGACUGCCCGUUCGGCGACGACGAGAAGCAGUGCAUCAACGUGGCGCCCUCGCUGAAGCAGGCUAAUGACUUCAUCUAUCACGCUACAGGUCACUUGAUGGUGAGAAAACAAGGUGUUUGGGGCAAACUUUGUCUUCAAAACCCUGCAGAAUCACACUCAAAGCUUCAUUACAAGAUCAAAACCUUGGGCCAGACAGCGUGUAAAAGUCUAUCCUUCAGGGAGCUGGAUUUCGUCGAACCAGACCAGGACCUCAGUGGUGAAACUCAGAAUUCUUCAUCAGUCUAUUACGAUCUCAUAUCAUCCAACUGGACCACAAUCAGUAACACUUCUUUCCAAAGGACAACUUGUCCUCACAGACAAGUCAUAAAAAUCAAAUGCAAGGAUCUACAAUGCGGGGUGCGACCCCAAGCAAGUGGUCACACAGGGAAUUCAUUGCGGUACUCGGGGGCAUCGAAGCGGCACUCGCGCAUCGUUGGUGGUGGCAACGCUGGCCUUGGAUCUUGGCCGUGGCAAGCAGCUCUCUACAAGGAGGGUGAAUUUCAAUGCGGCGCAGCCCUUAUCAACGCUAAAUGGCUCCUCUCGGCUGGACAUUGCUUUUACAACGCUCAAGAGGAUUACUGGGUGGCGCGGCUAGGGGCGCUGCGGCGUGGCGUGAACUUCGCUUCGCCGUACGAGCAAGUGCGGACCAUCUCGCGGAUCAUGCUCCACCCGGAGUACCAGGCCAUCAGCUUCAUGAACGACAUCUCCCUCCUGGAGCUCAACGAGCCCGUCCAGACGAGCCACUACAUCCGCCCCAUCUGCCUCCCACCGCCCGCCUCCACCCUCGAAGAUGGCACCAUGUGUACCGUCGUCGGCUGGGGACAGCUCUUCGAGAUCGACAGGGUCUUUCCUGAUACUUUGCAAGAGGUCCAGUUACCGGUGAUUUCAGCGGCCGAGUGUCGGAAAAGAACGUUAUUUUUGCCUCUCUACCGAGUGACUGACAACAUGUUCUGCGCCGGCUACGAGCGAGGAGGCAGGGAUGCAUGUUUAGGCGAUUCAGGGGGACCUCUCAUGUGCCAGGAGACGGAUGGUCGAUGGUCCCUGUACGGAGUGACGAGCAACGGGUACGGGUGCGCGCGGGCGAACCGGCCGGGCGUCUACACGAAGGUGGUCAACUACAUCGGCUGGAUCCAGAACAGCAUGGCCAUCUCCAACAACGAGCUGCCGGCCCCCGAAACCCGGCAGUGCGCCGGGCACCGCUGCCGCCUCGGCGAGUGCCUCCCCCAGCAGCGCGUCUGCAACGGCUACGUCGAGUGCAGCGAUGGUAGCGACGAAAAGGACUGCUGGCAAGACUGAUCUCAUCCCACUUUCGAGCAGAGAAUUUUGACUAGGACGCCUUCUCCAGAAGAACACAUCCAUAUGUCAUCCAAUCCGUUUUGAUUCCAGGUGCUUUCAACUCCACAGAAUAUCUUUUGUUGAUUAGAGCCUCAGGUCCUUAAACUGCCGUAUUACGGAAGAACGCCAUAUGAGCACUCAGACGUUGCCAUAUUUCCUUCAAUAAACACCUAAUUUACCAGGAAAAUUUGUGAAUAUUUUUUUCCAGACAAUUUUGUUUGCAAUAUUGUCUAAAACGUCUGGAAAUUUAAAGGAAAACUACGCAUAAUUUUCUUCAAAAAUACAUUUUUCAUUCGGGGCUAUUUGGCAACUCUCGAAUGUUCAUGUAGCGUUCUUCCUUAGCCCAGCAGUAUGGAAUAGUCCAGUUUCGUAGUUUUUAAAACUGGGAAAUAAUUCAGCUAUGUCUCAGAACUUUAUUGGCAGAAUUUACUUGGUCUACCAAGUGAACAUAGGUAUUCAUGCUUAUUUCAGGCAGUCUUAAACGUCAAAAAUUCUCAUGACUGUGAAUGUAAUGCGUACAAACAAGUCUGUGUUCUAAAUAACUAAAGUUCAGGCGAUCGUUUUUGAGGUCUUGAAACUCGAGAGGGUUAGAAAAUAUUUCUGCUUUCAAACUUGCUGAAAUAUGCUGAGUGCUCCUCCUAAGCGUCUCGGCAACUGAUUGCAGACAUAUCUUUAGCAUCAUUCUCUUAGCAUCUUGAAGCUGCAAAUUCAUUUCUCCUUGCUCAAUUAGAUUAUUUGUUAAAAAUAUGUGCAACACCAGUGGUUCGGAUUGGGAAAAAAAGCAAAUCAUCAAGAUUUCUGCUUAGAGAUAGCCUAAUUUUCCAGACUCCCAGAGGUCCAACAUCAAAAAGAAUGCUGAAUCAAGGUUUCUUAGCUUUUCAUUUUUCAAACCUUGGAUUUCGUUUUGACUCUCCACCCUUCCAAUGCUAACAUUUUAUGUUGGUAACUAAUUAUCACCUACAAAAAGUUGGCGGAUUUUACACUGCCUUCGACAUUUGUAAUAUUAGCAGGAAUUUUAGUGUUGCAUUUUGGGGAAAUAUUGCUGUUGCUCUAUAACACGUGUACUGAUGUAGCAAAAGUAUGCUUUUUCAACUGACAUGGAAAUCAAUGAAUUUUAGUGAUUUGGGAAUGGCAUUGAAUAUUCUAGUCAAUAAUAUUUAUAUACUUAAUUUUUCCAUGGACCUCAUAGCUGUUGUAUAGAGAAAGGUUUUGCAUUUGUGCAACAUAACAAACAGAGGAUUUUGUUAUAUCCGAGAGGGCAUUUUCUUGAAAAAGAAAAAUUAAAAUUAUCCAUUUUUUCUCCUCCAGAAGACGACUUCAGGUCUCAGUUAGUUCAUUCAUUGGUGCUGUGAUUUUUUUUCAGGGCAUAGAUAAAUUCAAAAAAUUGAGCCAAAAAGAGAGGAAUACAGCAAUUUUUUAAAACAGAAACAGGAUUGACUUCCUCGAAUUUCUGCCUUGCCAUUUCAUACAUAUUCUCAAAAGCAAUAUCCAGAAUCCAAAAUCCCAAGAUGUCUGCUAUCACAUUUUAUGUGUCAAAUUGUAAAUACAAAUUUUAAGGAAUAAAUGUUUUUACUUAUCUUGAAACUUAAGUUAAUGUGCCUUAGAAUUACUUCAAGUACACUUGAGUUGACAGGAUUUUUAUUGUAUUUGAUCUAGCUGAUUAUAUCUGUAGUUAAGGGCCAAAAACCCAUAACUACAUUUUCACCAAUCCGAGAAUUUGGGAGAAAGCCAUGUGACAGCACCAUUGGCUGAAGUGUAUUUUGUAAGAUUAAAAAUGAUUUUUUUUAAAUUUUAGUUACAUCUUUUGGCUCUUGACUACAGAUAUAAGCAGUGCCUAAAAUUGGUAGACUAGAAUUGGCGAGAGAAAAAAUUUGCUAUGAUUGAAAUUGAUCCUCUUGACUCUUGUGUAGGAAAAAUUGUACUUUUUUAUUGAAGUGUUAAUAAACUAACUGAUGAGACAAUGUAAUUAUAAUGUGUAAAUGAAAAACUGUAAAUAUAAACAAAUGUCUACUGUACA